AUGCCGGGUCUCUCGACUGCAGAGGGAAGCAUGGCUGUUGACAACGAGAGAAAGUGUGAACAGGAGACUGACACACCGGAGAUGAACGAAACAGUGGAGGAAGGUGAUCUGAAGAGAACUUCCAGCGCUCUGCGUCAAAGUAUUGCGCGCUACGGAAGCAACAGCUACUACUACGCUCACGCGCCGCUGCCUGGUGCUCAGCAGGCAGGAGAAGUUAAGGUGAUCUCGGGGCCUGGAGUCGUCACAGGUGGCCCUCCGGUCUUGCUCGAGAGACGAAAGGCAGAGGAAGGCGAGGAGACACCCGGAGCGAAGAGAUUCGCCUCCGCAGAUGAGGCGGCACACACAGCUGCCUCGGGAAACAUCCCCGGAGCGUACAAGGCCGUUCAAAGCUACAUGUGGACCGACGAGGGUGCAAGCGUGAGGGUGUACGUACCCCUGGAGAAGCUCGUGGAGUCCCCGAAGGCGGGAGACGCGGAACUCCGCUUCGAAAAAGAGAACGUCGGCGCCUUCUUCGACGACGAGCGCGCAGCUAUCGCGAUCCACACGACCGCAGGCAACCAUGUUUUGGUUCUGAAUCGCCUCUAUCAUCCAGUCGAGACUUCCAAGUGCCGUGUCAGUGUCCGCCCCGAGCGCAUUACGCUGAUCCUCGCAAAGCAGGACACUGAUCUCACGUGGUUCAACCUGACCAAAGCGCGCUGA